AUGUCUGAAGUACAGGGAACACUGGAGUUUUCUGUAGAGCUGCACAAGUUUCACAAUGUGGAUCUCUUUCAAAGGGGGUUCUACCAGGUACGAGCAGGACUGAAGGUCUCACCUCGAGUGCCCCACAGGUUGAUAGUGACAACACAGGACAAUACAGGAGAAUGCAGCUUCAGCUCUGCGGGAGUGUACGACGGCACCGCGUUCAGCCGGAUAUUUCAGAUCCUCUACAGAAAUGAGGAGAUUACGGUGAAUGACUGCAUGAUCUUCAAAGUCCACCUGCUAUUGGACGGAGAAAGGGUGGAGGAGGCCUUGAGUGAGGUGGACUUUCAGUUGAAGCUGGAUCUUCAUUUCACCGACAAUGAGCAGCAGCUGGCAGAGAUAGUGACGGUCCCGCUGAUCAGCAGUCGGACCCUCAGCCUCCACUUCCACCCGCGGAGAGGCCUCCACCACCACGUCCCUGUCAUGUUCGACUACUUCCACCUGUCCGUCAUCUCUGUCUCCAUACAUGCUUCACUGGUUGCCUUACAUCAGCCGCUAAUCAGCUUUGCACGUACUGGGAAGGGCUCCUGGCUGGGGAAGGGCUCGCCAGAGAGCACGAGCGACCCAUCUGCCAUGUCUGUGGAGAACCUUGUGUUCGGAGCUGGCUACUGCAAGCCUGUCAUCUCUGAGGGAAGCUUUUAUGUGCCCAGUGAAAACUGCCUGCAGAGAGCUCACACGUGGCACCGAAGGCUCUGUCGCCUCCUGCUGGUGGCUUACAGAGGCCUGCACACCUACUACACUGCACUGAUGAAGGAAAUCCCACAGCUCCAGCAGACUCCACUAGACUUAGAGGUGCUGCCUGUAGAAGAAACUCUAAAUCAGCUCACAAUAGAGUUACAGCUGCAGGAAGGCCAUGAGAAGGUAGCGGAGCAGAUCAGCAGGGACGUGAGCCAGCUCUGCUCCCAGCUGGCUGCUCUGUGGAGCCGUUUCCUGGAGGCCGCUGUGCUCAACCCCCACAUCCUCUCCUACCUGGCCCAGGAGCACCACACACUCAGGGUCAGGAGGUUCUCAGAGGCAUACUUCUUCACCGAACACCCCAAAGAGAUAUCGCUGACUUUUCAAGAGGAACUAAUCAACAGACACGGCCAGAUAGCUGCAGAAGUGCGGAGCUCAGACUACCUGACCAAGAUGCCUCCUUUACCUGUUGAGUGCCUGGACAUUGACGGAGACUGGAACAGCCUGCCCAUCAUCUUUGAAGACAGAUAUGUGGAGUCUCCUCAAACAGAGUGGCUAUCGCACGUGCCAACUACUGAUGGGCAGAACAACUUAGAUCCUGCCAUCACUCUCACCAAUGGGAUUUUUGAAAGCGGCCAGGAAGCCAUAUCACCAGCAAUAAUCCGAGAUCCCUUGGACAACGAUGACUGCAUGGACCUGCCCACUUAUGUCUCACUUAUAGCAAAGCAAAGUAAGACCAGUACCAACGUCAAAAGUACCCAGAACCUAAUUUCUUCUGUGGACAGUCCUGGACCCUCUUCAGCAGAGGCAGUAAACUUGAAGAAACUUGUGGAAAGCCAAGCCCAAGUUGAGGAAAACUCGAAUCCAGGCCUGAGGUACAUCACAGUCAAGCCUUGUGAUGUGGAUCCAUACAUGGGAGAAGCAGUCCUGGUUCACCGAAAUCCCAUCAUCCCCAGUAACAGCAGUGAUGAGUCUCCUUCUCAUCAUGUAACAGAAACCACUGUCCAACUUUGUGACUCCACAAACGACAGCAAUGCAGGAGAGAGUGAAACCAAUGAAGAGGAGUCUGAUAUUGCCAUGCCAUUAAAUCACUCCAUGGAUGAUGAGAGUGAGGAUAUUCCUCUCAUCAGCCUACCGACUGCCUAUGGGCAUCCAGUCAUCAUACCUUCCUUUCCCCCUGAUCUCAGAAAAGAGAUGACUCACCGCGGAGGUCUGGUCGGCUCCAAGAUCAUGAAACGCUCGUCUUCAGUUAUUUCCGACUCAGGUAUUGAGAGCGAGCCCAGCUCGGUGGCCUGGCCCCUGGAGGCUGCACUGCGAGGUCGACCUCAUCUUGACUUUUCCAGCGAACGGGAGAUUCCGCAGCAAAUUGUGUGUCGUCACCCGGUCCACCGCAGCUCACUGGAAGGCCUGCAGAUGGAGAGCAAUGGCAGCCUUCCAAGUGCCGGCAUACAGGCGUCGCUCACCUCUAUUAGCUCUCUGCCCUACGAGGAAGACCAGCAGCAGAGACAACUCAGCAAACUGACCAAGUCAGUUUCUGCACCGCAGAUAAGUAGCCCGGAAGAAACUGAGGAGGACCGUGUGCUGCUCAACCAGGAGACAGACACCAAGAACAAGGAUUCAUUCAAGAUCAACUGCUCGUCAUUGAACGGCGACUUGGAUUCGGAGCAAUCUGAAUCAUCUCUAUUAGACCCAAGUUUAACAACAAAUCUGGUCCAUAUUCUCAAGGAGAAUAAUCAUCCUGAAAAGUCCAACCUUCCCCAGUACCUGUCAGAGACACACAAACCCAAGUCAGUGUUAACUAGUGUGACUGAUGUCUUGCUUUUACAAGCGUCUGUAGAAAGCCCUCAUGUGAGGGCAAGUAAUGUUAUUGGUAGCCAUGGGGAGAAUAUGAACCAUCAAACACACAUCAGUGAAGUAAGCGCCUCGGUGGAGGAUGUGCUUCUCAGUGAAACGGAAGGAGCGCCCUGCAGCUGUGGAAACAAAGCAUGUGUGCAUAGAAGCACAGCAGAUCAGGAGAGAAUUAGCACUGGAGAUGAGUGCCAAAGUUUCCAUCAGACCAAACUGCUUUCUGCUGAGGACCAGGAGUGUCUGGAUCCGUCCCAAACACCUCUAAAGCCUUCAGAGCUUCAACACUCCAAUGACCUGCCCAGCAACACCACCAGCACACAGAGACCGAGUGACCUUACAGGGUUGAUAGUCAAUGAUGUCACAUCAUCUGUUGAUGUCAAUGGGAUAUCAGCUAGUGAGAAAGAACCGUUAGACUGCCAGACGAAGCCCUCCAAGAUCCCCAACUCAGGGCUGGCCUUUGUGAAUAAGAAGAUGGUGGAAGUGGUGAAUAUGUCAGUGUCCUGUGCCCCGACCUGCCUGCCAUUUUCCUCUGUUCUGAGAGACUCUCCAUCCAUGAGUGGAAUGUCCGCUCGCCAGGCUACCUCACCUAUCACCCAUCAGCCCCUGGGCUCCUUCGGUAUCAUCUCCUCGUCGUCACUCAAUCCCCUGAACAUGGAUGAUGAGACCAAUGAGCGGAUGCUGAAUUUCUACAAAGCCAAAGAGGAGCUGUUCAAAGAGUUGAGCUUUCAGGCCAGCUUGUACAGCGACCUUCCUCUCCUGGCAUCAGAUCUGCCCUACUUCCCCCCCGAGGAAGACGAUGAGGAGUUCGAUGACGGCAUACACCUUGUGGUGUGUGUCCACGGGCUUGAUGGAAACAGCGCAGACCUCCGGCUGGUGAAGACCUUUAUUGAGUUAGGACUGCCAGGAUCCAGGCUGGACUUCCUCAUGUCUGAGAGGAACCAGACCGACACGUUUGCAGAUUUCGACACCAUGACAGACAGGUUGCUGGAUGAGAUCAUUCAGCAUAUCCAGCUGUACAAUCUCACCAUCGGCAGGAUAAGCUUCAUCGGCCACUCUCUGGGGAACAUCAUCAUCCGCUCGGUGCUGACGAGGCCUCGCUUCCGCUGCUAUCUGCCCAAACUGCACACUUUCCUCUCGCUGUCGGGCCCGCACUUGGGAACGCUGUACAACAACAGCACGCUGGUCAGCACAGGUCUGUGGUUAAUGCAGAAGCUGAAGAAAUCGGGAUCCUUGCUGCAGCUCACCUUCAGAGAUCACGUUGAUCCAAGGAAAACAUUCCUCUAUCUCCUGAGCCAGAAACCAGGGCUCCAGUUCUUCAAGAACGUGGUAUUGGUGGCGUCUCCACAGGACCGUUAUGUUCCUUUCCACUCUGCUAGAAUAGAGAUGUGCAAAACUGCUCUUAAGGACAGGACCACAGGGCCCGUGUACACUGAGAUGAUCAACAACCUCCUGCAGCCACUUGUGGAGGCUAAAGAGUGCCGGCUGAUCCGCCAGAAUGUGUUCCACGCUCUGCCCAACACCGCCAACACCCUGAUUGGCCGCGCUGCCCACAUCGCCGUCUUGGACUCUGAGCUUUUCCUGGAGAAGUUCUUCUUGGUGGCAGGGCUCAACUACUUCAAAUAAAGGUGCUAGCCUUCGCAGGCUCACGGGACAGAACCUGAUGGCGGCUCAUGGAGCGCAUCUGGAGGACCUUCGCAUUGUACAGUAUAUUUAAUGUAUAUAAUCCCUGGUAACCAAGAUGGCAAGGCCUGUUUCUCCCAUUUGUUAGGAUUGUCAGCAGAUCAGUGUAUUGUGACUGUUUAAAUUGCUAACUCAGACAUCUGAGUUUGACGUGUAGCCAUGCAAAACAAAACAUCUAUCACAGGAUUGAUAGGAGAUGUUUUGUUGGCCUUAUGAAUAACCUCUCAGCCAGAACACUAACAGAUGCUAAUUGUGGUCGAAAGCAUUUAACUACUUUCCCUUUAGAGUUGAUCUAGAGUCGGAUGAUUGAAUUCUUCUUUAAGGGUUACACUGACGAUAGUCUUAAACUAUCCUUAGAGCCGAGGCAAUAGAUGCGCAGCAUUUAUCCCCUUGAUUGUACAUUGUACAAGUAUUUUGUUGUACAAAACAUAGAUGUUCCUUUAUACAGAAAUUAAUAUAUUGUUUAAAUUAUUUAUUUUUUAUCUGCUUAUGUGUCUACAGUUCAAGUAGUCCAUCUAAAUGUGAUCUCCUGUGUGUUGUUAUCAUGAAAACUAUCAAAUGGAAAUCCAAGUGUUUAUGAAGUAUACAGUGGAGGCAGAAGUGUUACCCCAUGUAGCCUAUAAGUCAGUAUAUAUAAUGUCUGCUUCUUCAUACAUGUACUUACUGUAUGUUCAACUGUACAUCAGUUCUACCUAACUCACCGUGAUUAGCAAGUGUAAGGCUACAGCAUGGGUGAGCAUUACAACACCUUUGAUAGCAAAUGACUCUGUUAGCCUUCACUUUUUAUUUGUUUGAACUGAUUGACUCGAUUUUAUCAACUGAUCAGUUGCGCAAGCCCUGCCCUCCUAAGCGACUGUUUCUAUGCCUGUCAAGCUUUCCAGACUGCACAUAUACAGUUCACAGUGAGAACGGUGGCAGAUUGUUACCCAAAAUUCUUAGUAAUAUUGUAAACCGUAAGUUCAUGGCUUCAGACAGGUAGACAGAGGCAGGCUUCCUUUUUACUGUUGGUUUCAUUAUUUUAAAUGACAGCUGUCCCUGGCAGGUUUUAAUAGCUGUAGCAAGUACUAGCUAAUGCUGGCUACAUGGUUAAAGAACCCUUCGACUAAGUUGGUCGAGUAGAUUUGCCUACACAAAAUUAUUAAUUAUAUGAAACAAAAAAAUAAAAGACUAAUGACUUUCCAAUGAGACCCACAGAGGGCAGAACAGAGCUGCUAACGUUAGCCAAAACUCUGAAAGCACCCAGGACUGGCUUCACUCAAACAGGAAAUAAUACAUUUAUUUAUGUAACCUGUGAUCCACAAACUAAUGCAACCCAACUCAUUAAUAAUGAUACUGCUGGAGGUAGUAAGCUAACUAGCCUGACAUGCUAACAUGGAUUUUGGAAAAGCCGAAAAAAAGACACCACUCUCCGAAUAUCUGAAUUCCGAGCACCUAUCUUACAAUAGCUCCAUGCACAUCCCUCUAACGUGUAAUAAUCUAAAGCUUGACAGGGCUGUUGUGCAUAGUAAUAGUUGCUAAAUUAUGAUUGGGCAAUCACUAUUCAGAGGAGGGGUUUAGCAACUGGUCAAUUCUUUUGAUAAUCUAACAGAGUUAAAUCUAUAGCAUUAUAACCAUCACUAUAACACAACACAUUUACAUUUUGUCCCUGUAUCAUGCGACAGGGAGACAGAAACCAGGCUUAGGGAUAUCAUUAACAGCAAAUAUGCACACUUAAUACGAAAAGGAAACACAUUAUCCAUGACAACGUUAUGGUCUAAUGACCUUCAGUUUCUUAAUGAGCCAUUUUGAAUUGUAGAUUAAAAUUGUCUUCACAAGGAUGGAUUCCACAAGGCACUUUGAAAUUCAUUAUUUUUAACCGGUGUGAAUCAGGGUGUCAUUGCUUUUGUUUUCUGGGAUACUGGCUGAUUUUGCAUACAACAGACCCACUGCCAAGAUUCUCCCUCACACGCUGUCAUUUUGUAUGAAACAGAUUUCAAUAUGAUGCAUGAUGAUAGCAGGGAAGCACUGUGGUAGCACACACCGUCUCGUGUUCUUGAACAUAUCCGAUGCCAUAUUGUGAUCAUCUCAUCAGCUCAAUCAAAUAAAUGUUGUGUUUUUUUUUUUAAAAAGAACACGUCUCCACAACCUUCGCUGUCACAUUCAAGCGUGACGCGAGUGAUGUCGUUUUCCAGCAUGUUGGCGUGUGAGGACCGUUUCUCAUCACCGCGCUGUCCAUCAAGUGAUGUUUACAUUCUGACAUUAGAGAACUGUUAUGAUAGUGUUGCCACAGACGUCUUGUAGGCAGGAAUGCCCGUGCAUCUGCUGCAUAUGUAGUUAUGUACAUACAGAGAGCUAUAUUUAACCUUUGCACAUGUUUGAUGGCAAGUGCACUUUAUAGACAACCUUGAAUCAACCUCCACUAGCUUUUCAACAUCCAAACAGCUAUUUUUCCCUCUAUGUUUUUUGGUUUGCGGCGCUUCUUUAGACCUGAAGGUCGCACCCCACACUUCUUAUUGUAAACACUGACCGCGGCUGUCCGUUCAAGCAUUGUAUCAUCUUCAAAGAGUACAAAAAGGUGACAUCGCAAAGUGCUUUUUUUUUUUUUGUCACUGUGGCACUGCACAGUAAGCAGAGUGUCACCGUGAUUGACUCUAAUCAAAUGGGCUCCUUCAGGGCCCGGAGAUCGUUCUCAAAAAGCCACUAAGCAAAGCUGUGUAAGUAAUCUGUAGGAACUGCCAUGCAUCAUGCAUCAUUUCUCAACAUCCCCCCCCCUCGACACAGACACACACACACACACACACACACACACAAACACACGCUGUAUAUGGAUGAGGCUUUAGCUUGUUUGCGUUUGGGUCCAUGUGUGUUUACCCAGAGGGGUCAGCGGGAAUUGUCAGAGGGGAAGAGUGUUUGUGGUAUUGAGAUGGGGCCCUUCAAGGGCGAACACGGGUUUGAAGUUGUUUCGUUAGACAGAUGGAUGCACUGUAAAAGGUUUCACCUGAUGUAUGAAACCUGAAAGAAUCGUAUUUGCAUUGCAUGAAGUUUUUUUUGUGUUUGUUUGUUUUUCAUGAAAUGUCUGUACAUUUAUGCUGCUCUAAUAUCUGAGAGUGAAUUCAGAGGUGAUCCAUAAAUCCAAUAGACCCUUGCAAGUGCUGUCAACCUUCAAAACUAGCUGACUUGAACCUUUUUGUAUUUGAUUGCCCUUUACUGAGUCCUGUUCAUGUGUAGUGUGUGUAUGUGUGUGUGUGUGUGUGUGUGUGUGUGUGUGUGUAUGUGAGUGUGUGGCAGGUGAAGAAGAGUGUGUAAUAUGUGUCUGAGAGGAGACGUGACAUCGUUGUCCGCCCGUCGCUGGAAAAUACUUCAUGCAUUUGAACUGAAUGUAAAAAAAAACAAAACAUUUUACUUCACUGUGAGGAACAUGUAUUUAUUUCAUUCUGCAGUUAUUUUGCUGAAUGUAUAACAUGUAAAGUACAGUAAAUACUACUUCAUCUGUGCCAAUACUACUCUAAUAUUUUUCUAUGUUGCUGACUGUACUGUAUGUAUUCCUUAGUAGCUUGUGUCCUAUGUAAAAAUAUAAAUACAAAUAUAUAUAUAGCAUAGUAUUAUUAUAACAGAUAUGAUGUUACAAUAAAAAAUGUUCCUUUUGCAUUAUUA